AACAACACGGAAGUAAACAUGAAACAAUCGCAUGCGAUAUUUGAGAAAACUGCAAUUGAUAAACAAGAUGUCAGUCGACACAGGGAAGGAAUCGGUUCCAAAAUUGUCAAAAUGCUGCGGUCUGACUGCUCCGAAUGGAGUGACAGUUCCUUUGAAAUCGAUUGAAGUUGAGGUGCACGUCAAAGGCUAUUUAGCUGAGGUGGUUACAAAGCUGCAGUACACAAAUACAGAGGAAAAUCCGAUUGAAGCCUUGUUUACUUUUCCUGUUGAUGAUGGAAGUGCCGUCUAUCAAUUUGAGGCUGACAUUGAUGGGCGUCAUAUUGUAGCUGAAAUUCAGGAAAGAGAGCAGGCCAUUCUCACCUACAAGGAUUCAGUAGACAAGGGUAAGACAGCCAUGUUGUUGAAGGAGGACACAAAGAGUAGCGACACGUUCCAGUGCACACUGGGAAAUCUUCCCCCAGGAAAGGACGCCGUGUUGAAGGUGUCGUUUGUGAAUGAACUUCCGCAGGAGGCUGACGGGAAACUACGGUUCACACUUCCCACUGUGCUGAAUCCUCGGUACGCACCAGAUGCAGGAGGAAGCAUAACAGCAGAGGGAGCCACCUAUAUUCCCCCUUGUGCAGUGCCUUAUAAGUUCAAGUUCAUGGCCAGCGUGGAGGGGUAUCACAAGAUUAAAGCAGUUACCUCUGACAAAUUAUCUCUGAAAGUUGAAAUGGAACGUGAAGAAAAACUUGCAAAGGUUUUGCUGGGUGAGGAGUUCAAGUUUGACCAUGACCUGACUCUCUACAUCGAAUAUUCAGAGCCCUUUCAGCCCCAGGUGGUGUUGGAGAAUGGAGACCCAGGGAGAGAGGGACUGUUGAAAGAAGACCUACUGAUGGUCAGUUUCCAUCCGGAUUUGAAACAAGUAUCCAUGUCAAACAGUGGCGAAUACAUCUUCAUUAUCGAUCGCUCUGGUAGUAUGAGCGGAGACAGGAUCAAGAAUGCAAAAGAGGCUUUACUUCUGUUUCUGAAGAGUUUGCCCCAGUCCUGCCAUUUCAAUGUGGUCAGCUUUGGAAGCCAGUUCUCAUGCCUUUUCAAAGGGAGUGAACCCUAUUCUGAGAAAUCCUUGAAGGAGGCUCUUCUCCUGCAAAAGGCAAUGGAGGCUGACAUGGUUGGUACACGGAUGUACGAACCACUUGAACACGUCCUCAAGGCCAAUGUUAAGAAUCAGCCCAGAAAUGUGUUCCUUCUGACAGACGGUGAUGUGGGAAACAGCGCAGCAGUGAUUUCUCUGAUCAAGAGUCAUUGUAGCAUAACCAGAGUGUUUGCACUUGGUAUUGGCGCAGGGGUGUCUACUUCCCUCGUGAAAGGCGUGGUGAGGGCAGGGAAUGGGGUAGCUGAGUUCAUAUCAGACGAUGCUCGCAUACAACCCAAGAUUGUGUCCUUGUUGAAAUGUGCAAUGCAGCCAGCAGUGACCAACCUAGAGGUCACGUGGGACUUGCCCAUGGGUGUGUCUCUUGUUUCUAUACCAACUGAGCUCCCGGCUAUGCUGACCGUGAGCCAGAGACUGACAUUCUUUGCAUUGCUGAAAGGGGUUGAUAUGAAUACGGUAUAUGCCCCAAGUACCCUUACCUUGAAAGGAUUACAAAACAAUGAUCCCAUAACCUUUACAUUGACCUUCACCUUAUGUGAUGAUGAAAAGGUCAGUAAAUCUGCCCCUGUUCAUCGCCUGGCAACCAAAGUUCAGAUAAAGCAGCUGCAGGAUGUUGAAGCUGCUGUCCAACGCGAAAUUGAAACUGGCUGGCAGCUUCAGAGCGACAAGACCGAUAAGGUCAAGGACCUGCGCAAACAGAUUGUAGACGUUAGUCGUCAUGGAAACAUUGUAUCUAAAUUUACAUCGUUUGUGGCCGUGGACACUGAGGGUGAGAAAGUUCAGGGUAAACUUGAACGAAGGUCUUGUCCUAUACCCACCGUUAGUGAGGAAUUCAUCAAGGGGUUUAAUAAAAGCAUGGGUCAAUCUCCCUAUGCCAUAUGUGAUUCUGCGAUGCCGAAGCGUUCUGCUCAUACAAUGAUGACCAUGGAUCAAUCUCCCUAUGCCUCAGCCUCAUGUGAUAAAAAGAGCAUGGGUGAUGUCUAUGCCUCAUGUGAUAAAAAGGCGAUGCCGAAGCGUUCUGCACAUAGAAUGAUGAUUCCUUCCCCCGCAAGAGAAGACUAUGAGAAUGAAAUGGAGAAACUUAAAGCUGUUUCAGUUGGAUCUGAUCAAAUGAUGCUGGAGGUGAUCACGUUGCAAGAGUUGGCUGGCAACUGGACUGUCUCUUCUCGGCUAACUUGGUUUCUUAAAAUCAGUAAUGAGCAGCUAAAGUCUAAGGAGAUUGUUGCUGACGACACCGUGCUGGUAACGCUGGUCGUGAUUGCCUGGCUCAGGAAGCACUACGGGCACCGUCAGGAUGAGUGGGAGAUUAUUGAGACCAAGGCAGUCAAGUGGCUCGGCCAGCAGGGCCUGCAGAGACCAGUCGAGGAGCUGAUAACGCUGGUCACAGCGAAUAUGCUGACUGCUUGAAAUUAGAGCAACAACAACAAUGUCAUACAAAAAAAACUCUGAUGUAACUUGUACAGAUUGAUUGAGAAGCUUAACACUCGGGUUGGACAGUAAAUUGUGGGCCAUUAUAAACACAUCAUAUGUACAAUAUUCAACAUUUGAAAUACUUAGGAGUAGUACUGGAUAGUGGAAUAAUUAUUUAAACUACACGAUAAAAACUGUAUUUGUAUUUAGGGAGUUUAUGUUUUCCAUGAAUGUCUUUCCUUAAGUUGUACUUAUUGAUUGUAAUUUUCUCAGAAUUUAUAUGUUCAUUGUAAUUUAGUAAAGAAUACUUAUUAUCAUGCAUCUUUUUACGGUCAUUGACCUCUGACAUAUCAGCAUGCAGGGGGUCUAUCAGAAAUGCCAGUGACGGUUCAAGUGUAUUCUGAUGUUAUAAAAUAAUAGCAACAAUUAUUUAUUGUUUAAUUUAAAAUCCUAAAGUCCGUAAGGGACGAAUAUGUCAAGCAUAUUCUAUGAAAAUGUUAGUUUGUCAGCGGAUAUGUUACUCCCAACUAGCUUAUCAAAUCUGUAAGUUAUAGUUAUUAAGAUGCAUAUUAUAUAUUCACUAACCA